AACAACGGGCUAUAGAAAGAAAAGAAGAAUAAAAAAAUACACACGCAAAAUAUUACAGGUUUGAGCGCCACAAGCUCACUUAUCCACCUCAAUGGAGCUUCAAACUUUCCGCCUUCCAUAUUUGGCAGGGUGCAGAUAUUUUCAGAGGCGUUCGAUUUUGCGAAGGCAGUUCUGCACAAAGCGCAGUGGAUUUUGUAUUUCUUGCUCAUAUAGUUUAGACAAGGAUCCACUGAUUGAAAAGUUAACUGAUGCACGAGUAAUUUAUAGUGUUGCGCCUGCCAUGGGUCAUAACCAGGAGGCACAUCCCGAAUCCUAUCUUAGAGUUCCUGCAAUUGUGAGUGCUCUUGAAAAGGCAGAACUCACAUCAAAGUUUCGCGGUUCUGAGAUCAUUGAACUUCAAGAUUUCAAGCCUGCUUCACCGGAUGACAUUGCAAAUGUUCAUGCCAAAGCUUAUGUAGCAGGCCUUGAGAAAGCUAUGAAUCAAGCUUCAGAACAGGGCAUUAUUUAUAUCGAUGGGUCUGGACCAACAUAUGCUACUGCCACUACGUUCCAGGAGUCACUUGUGGCAGCUGGAGCAGGACUAACCUUGGUCGAUUCAGUGGUUGCAGCAUCUAAUUGCAGCCAGAAUCCACCUACAGGAUUUGCUUUGAUCAGACCUCCUGGGCAUCAUGCUAUUCCAAAAGGGCCUAUGGGCUUUUGUGUUUUUGGCAAUGUGGCCAUUGCAGCUCGUCAUGCUCAACUAGUGCAUGGAUUAAAACGAGUCUUUAUCAUUGAUUUUGAUGUUCACCAUGGGAAUGGGACAAAUGAUGCAUUUUAUGAUGAUCCAGAUAUAUACUUCCUGUCCACUCACCAUGAUGGAAGCUAUCCAGGUACUGGUAAAAUUGACGAGAUAGGUCAUGGAGAUGGUGAAGGUACAACUUUAAAUCUGCCUCUACCAGGAGGCUCAGGUGACAUUUCCAUGAGGACUGUGUUUGAUGAAGUCAUCGUACCAAGUGCUCAAAGGUUCAAGCCAGAUAUUAUUCUUGUUUCUGCUGGGUAUGAUGCUCAUGUUCUGGAUCCACUGGGGAGUCUUCAAUUUACAACGGGAACAUACUACACGCUUGCCUCUAAUAUUAAGGAACUGGCAAAAGAUCUAUGUGGAGGCCGAUGCGUGUUUUUCUUGGAGGGAGGAUACAACCUGGAUUCUCUUUCUUAUUCAGUAACGGACUCCUUUCGAGCUUUCCUUGGUGAGAAGAGUUUGGCAUCUGAGUUUGAUAACCCUGCCAUCUUGUACGAAGAACCAUCAACAAAAGUGAAGCAAGCGAUCCAGAGAGUUAAACACAUACAUUCCCUCUGAGGAUCGAUGUCUCAUCAUUACAAGAGCGUCUCGAAGUAGCCUUGCUGCUCACUAGUAAGCUAUUUUCAGCAUAUUCUGUAAUCACCGCAGUCUGAAAAAACCUGUUACUGUUCUUGUAUAGUAUCAUCUUAACAUGCAUAUGCCUUCAGUGAUAAGAUUGUCGAUUACUGACAUUAGCUGGUAAAAUUACAUUGUUCUGAAAAAAGAUUAUGCUUCAUAUUUAGAUGAAUGCAUUUUCCCAUCUCUUUCAAGAUAUGGAAAGAUCGGAAAAUGUGAUUAUUGAUUUUACCUUCAUCCAAUCCAACGAAAAAGAACACUCAAUUCUUUCA